UUUUACUGCAUUUCCUCAACAUCUGGGCAGAUUAUUGUCGGAAGGUAGGAUUAUACCUUCCUUCGUGCUCAAUAAAUCAAGAGCCAUGAGUACACCAGAGGGUGUCCGAAAGCGCCACAAGGUUCGUUCCAGUGGCACCAAUGUGAGGAAGAAAGAGAAAAAAGUGGAGGCAGGCCAAUGGGGGAGAGCGUGGGAGGUAGACUGGUUCUCCUUGACUGGAGUGAUUCUGCUGCUAUGCUUUGCCCCAUUCAUCGUCUUCUUCUUCAUCAUGGCGUGUGAUCAAUAUCAGUGCUCCAUUAGCUUGGUUCUGCUGGACAUAUACAACGGAGAUGCCAGUCCAUUGAGCAUCUGGAAGCAAGCACCUUCAUUCACAUGGACCGCUGCCAAAAUCUACGGCUCCUGGGUCACCUUCCAGGUGGUGCUGUAUAUGUGCAUUCCAGAUGUUACCCACAAGUUCCUGCCAAGUUAUGUCGGAGGGGUGCAGGAAGGAGCUCGGACACCAGCAGGCCUGAUUAAUAAAUAUCAGAUCAACGGGCUGCAGUGCUGGAUUAUAACACAUGCUUUAUGGGUGGCCAAUGCUUAUCACUUCCACUGGUUCUCUCCCACUAUCAUCUUCGACAACUGGAUCCCGCUGCUUUGGUGCACCAACAUCCUCGGCUACACUGUUUCCAUGUUUGCGUUUAUCAAAGCCUACUUAUUCCCAACUAACCCAGAAGACUGCAAAUUCACAGGAAACCUCUUUUACGACUUCAUGAUGGGCAUCGAGUUCAAUCCACGCCUCGGAAAGUGGUUCGACUUCAAGCUCUUCUUCAAUGGCCGGCCCGGGAUUGUCGCCUGGACUUUGAUUAAUCUGUCCUACGCUGCCAAACAACAGGAGCUCUAUGGAUAUGUGACCAACUCCAUGAUCCUGGUCAAUGUGCUGCAGGCCAUCUAUGUGUUAGAUUUCUUCUGGAACGAAGCCUGGUACUUGAAAACGAUUGAUAUCUGCCACGAUCACUUUGGUUGGUACCUGGGCUGGGGAGACUGCGUCUGGCUGCCUUUCCUUUACACACUACAGGGUCUCUACCUGGUCUACAACCCAAUCCAACUCUCCAUGCCUUAUGCCUGGGCCGUCCUCACCCUCGGCCUGGUGGGCUACUAUAUCUUCCGCUCGGCCAACCAUCAGAAGGACUUGUUCCGGCGCACGCAGGGUGAGUGUACAAUCUGGGGCAGCAAGCCAACCUUCAUCAAUUGCUCAUAUCGUUCAGCUGAUGGCGGCGUUCAUAAGAGCAAGCUGCUCACGUCAGGCUUCUGGGGUGCUGCACGUCACCUUAACUACACAGGCGACCUGCUGGGUGCGCUGGCGUACUGCAUGGCAUGUGGCAGCGGGCACCUGCUGCCCUACUUCUAUAUCAUCUACAUGUCCAUCCUGCUUUUGCACCGCUGUAUCCGUGAUGAGCAUCGCUGCAGCAGCAAAUAUGGUGAGGACUGGAAACGUUACACAGCCACCGUGCCUUCCCGCCUACUGCCUAGAAUCUUCUAGAACGGAGAGUUAUCGGAUGGAAGGACGUCACUGAAUUGUGUGUGGGAAAUAUGUUUUUUCUUUCAGUGUUCAUUUUGGAUUUUUUUUUCUGAAUAGCCAUCAGAAUGAUUUUGACUGGAUUGAGUGCAGGUUAACUUCAAUCUGUCUACCUCUGUUCAUGUUAUUCGGUUUCACCUGGAUUUUAAAGUUCAUGCAGGAAACUGUGAUGUAAUUAGAUUUAUAUUUGCCAUUGUUUUAUGAACAAUUUGCAGAUUUUCUUUCUUUCUUUCUUUCUUUCUUUCUUUCUUUCUUUCUUUCUUUCUUUCUUUCUUUCUUUCUUUCUUUCUAUAGUAUUCAGUAUGAAAGUAGGCACUUCUAUGCAUUUUAAAAGCCACUUACAUGUUUUAUACAAAGUCUUUUGUAAGAAUUCUUUCAUAUCCCUGAAAAGGAGUCCAAGCAACCCAAUCCAGCUCUGUCGGAGUUUAUUUGAUGAAACACUUUCCGCAAGAACAGUUUUUAAGAUGCACAGAUUAAAAUGAUGUUAAAGCCAUGUACCGUAUUCUUAUCAGAAUGAAGCUGAAACUGUUGAUGAGUUUCUCAUAUUACAGUUUUCUUUCCAAAAUGUCCUGCAUAUACAAAUGGAUAUUGAUAAUUAAAGAUACACUAAUUUG